ACUAAUAGUGUCAACCUAGUUUAAUCCUUCCAAUAGCCUUCAAGCAAUAUUUUAGCUUAUGCAAUGAGCGAUGGUAGGCCUGUAAGUGGUCAGCUAAAGAAGUUUGUUUUCCGCGCAAGAUCCUCUACAAACGGCGACACUCGAGGUGAAUAUUUGGAGAUUGUUAUCCCGGAGCUAUUGUCAGCCGGUUAUUCGUUUUACACGUGGCCAUCUGCGCCUCUGCUAGCUUGGUACUUGUGGACGCAAAGGCGACAUAUUCGCGGUCUGAGAGUGUUGGAGUUAGGUUGCGGAACAGGACUGCCGGGAAUACUCGCCGCGAAGUGCGGAGCGCUCGUAACCCUCACCGACAGUCUAACAUUACCGAGAUCGCUUCGUCACCUUUCUGCUUGUUGUGAAGCUAACGGCUUGGUACCCAAUCGUGACUUGCAGAUAGUAGGUCUCACAUGGGGCUUGUUUUUGGGUGAUCUACAUAACUUACGUCCGGUAGAUCUGAUUCUUGCGUCCGAUUGCUUUUACGAGCCAUCACAAUUCGAAGAAGUAUUAUCAACUGUAGCGUAUCUGCUUGAAAGCACUGACGCGCGUUUUUUGUGUUCUUACCAGGAACGCAGCACAGACUGGUCUAUUGAAGCUCUACUGAAGAAGUGGGGACUCAAAGGAGCACUUCUGGACCUGGACUCACUCAGUGAAAGCUCUGGUUUAGUUUUUAAAAUGGCUGAGGCUCUUCCAGACUAUCCAGACUCAGAUUUUUCAGAUGAAGAUCAGUCUCCAUUGGACAGCUUGUUCAAUAAGGCAGCUGACCAUCUUAGAAAGGUUACAAAUAAAUUAAACAAUGGUCAACUUUUGGAGUUGUACGGGUUGUUCAAGCAAGGUACUGAAGGUCAAUGCAACACUCCAAAGCCUGGGUGGUUAGAUGGUAAAGGACGUAGGAAAUGGGAGGCCUGGAAGAAUCUUAAAGAUAUGCCCAGUGAAGAGGCUAAGGAGAAAUAUAUUGCUUUGUUGAAAAAAUAUGAUCCUGACUGGUCAGGUACACCUCAAAAGACAAAUAUUGAUACCAAGGAAACAUGGGUAGCUGUCUCAUCAAUGAGAUAUUCACCCGAACCAGACCUUGUGCACAAUGAGCUUUCUUUGCUUGAUGCAGCCAGAGAAGACUGCGGAGAGCGAGUGAAGGAACUUCUGAUCAAGAAGCCGGAAUUGAAAUAUGAGAAAGACGAAGAUGGCCUCACUGCACUACACUGGGCUGCUGACAGAAAUGCAAUUAACGCACUAAGUGCAGCCUUAAGUGGAGGAUGUCCUAUUGAUGCAGUCGAUGAAUGUGGUCAAACAGCUCUGCAUUACGCAGUUUCGUGUGGUCAUGUAGAAUCAACUAAAAUCCUGACGAAAGCUGGAGCUACACUGCUAGAAGACGAGGAAGGUAACACUCCAUUAGACCUGGCUACUGAUACUGAAAUAAAGAAAAUUCUGGAAGGUGCUGAUUAAUUUAGCAUUUAUGUAGUUUUAUUAUGGAUGUAGAUUUUAAAUAUAUUAUUAAACAUU